AUGAGAACCCGCAGAUCCAAUCGCACAAAGAGCUACGCCGUCCAGAAAUACGACUUCGAAAGCUCCUCCUCGGAAACCGAGCAAAAUGUCGCCCCCAACCCCCCAGCUAAGCCCUCUCGCCGGCGCCGCGCCACAGACGAUGCUGAUGAAAACUUUGACGCAUCAGCGUUGAAUGAGUCGCCCGCCGCCGUGGAUGACGACAUGCCCUCGGAGGGAGAAGAAGAAGCAGAAGAGGAAGAUGCGGCCGGAAGUGAGGCUUCCGAAUCAGGAAUGCUGCCUCCCGUCGCCGCUGCGCCCCCCCGCCGGCGCGUGAAAAAGACCAAGAAGCACGUCUCUGGUGCAGGAUACCUGGACCUCGAGUCCGUCACCACAGAUACUCACCUCAAGGGUUACACGGGGCCAUUUGACAGGAGCAUGCGCGGACAGACCUUGGUGAGCACGUGGUACGGGCCGCGGACGGCAAGCAUUCACCUUGCGCAGCGGCUGCUGGACCGCUGGAUCUCGUGGACGGUGCUGCCGCCGCGGCAUGUCGGAGCCGAGCAUGGCAUUUCGAACGUAGCCCCGUGGGCGGCGGAGGGGUACAGGGAGAAGGAGGCGCAUUAUGCCGAGCAGUGGAGCGCGCGACUUGCGAAUGACGGCGGCGUUCAGACGACGCAGUACAGGGAGCUGGGUGGUGACGAGGCGGCGCUGUAUGCGAUGCCGACGAGGGAGUUGAGAUUGAUCAUGGGGCCGUAUGAGGUGCAGAGGGAAAUCAGCAUUGAGGCCGGCGAUUCGUAUGCGCUGUCGCAGGGCUGGAUCCCGUAUGAUGCCGAUGACAACGAGGGCAAGAUCCCUACGGGCUGGGUGUUGGACGUUGGCGGCAUCGUCACGGGCAUGGAUUGGGCGCCGCGACGGGAGGGCGAGCAGGUGCUGGCUUUGGCGGUCAUACCGCACUCGGAUCAGGAGGACUACGAUUACGAGGCGGAGCAUCAGCGGCCUGAUUUUCAGAAAUACGGCACCGUGCAGCUGUGGGGGUUUCGAGGCGACGACACAGAUGGCGUGCGCAGGCCAUCGGCGCAUGUGCCGUCUCUGCGCAGAACAGUGUGUCUUGACUAUGGGCGCGCGAGAAGAGUGCGAUGGAGUCCUGCGUGCAAUCACCUUGCGAUAUUAUGUGGCGAUGGAGGCGUCCAUGUGAUCGAGGUGGAUGAUAAAACCGGCUCGUUUGACAAGGUCGAACAUCCUCUUGCAUCAUUCACACUGAAAGAUGAAUACUCCAUCAAAGCUACAGCCUUCGCAUGGGCGACCUUUAACAGACUUGUUGUUGGGUACUCGGACGGCUCCAUCGCUCUGUGGUCCCUGUACCCAAGCUGUCUGCUCUCAAGGCACGCCGUGCAUCACAGCCUAGUCGUCGACAUUGCUACAGGGUCCCCUUCUCAUCCGUUCCUCGUGGCAUCUACGCCCGUAGGCGGCACGACGAAAUUGGUCGAUCUGACCUGUCCGACAUACGAGACGACAGAAGUGCAGACCAAUGCGGUAAGCUGGCAGCCCAACAUGCUUGCCUAUAGCAGCCACAUCCAGGGUUUCUUCUCCGUGUACCCUUCCGCCAACGCGCUCAACACCAUGGUCGGGUUCCUGCAUCAGCGGUUCUUUCCUAUUGUGCGGAGGGUAUACAUUGGCGAAGGCUACAACUCCUGUCUCGCUUCUGGCAAAACGCAUCCUUUUCUGCUGAUUGGCACGAGUGACGGAUCACUGUGGUGCCUAAAUCCGCAAGUCGAGCUAUUCACUAGUCGGAGAGAGCUUACAAAUCGGCUUCGCCUGUUUCAACACGAACACCGGCCCAAGGAACUAUUCCCUGCCGACUCGGCCGCUCCUGCACGGGGUGCAUGUCGCAUCGUUCACGGAUUCGCCAUUGAAAAGGGGAGGAGUCCCAAGGGCGAGGUGAAGGCGCAGCAGGGCAAAAAGGCCAGGCGGCCGAAAAAGGCUGAACUGGAUGCGGGCGAGGGGAUCGAGGAUGAUGAGGCCGGCGGGUUGAUGGAUCCAUCGAGAGGCAUUGUGUAUGAGCCUUUGUCGAGGCUUACGGUCGUGGAGUGGAAUCCAAACGAAGGGUUUGGAUGCUGGGCUGCUGCGGCCAUGGCGUCGGGAUUGGUCAGGGUAUUGGAUCUCGGGUUGGAUAAUGCCGGCUGA